AUGUCCGCUGGUCCUGAUCGAAGCCGCGAAGGGGGUUCUGGGACUGCUAGUGGCAGCGACACGGAUUCUCUUCAUCUAACUGAAUCUUCCCGCAUCCUACUGGCCUCUCUUAUAGCAGACUCUGUUCAUCUAGCUAGUCUUUGUCGCUCUCAAUUUGCUUCUAUGAUCCUGACAAAGCUUUCAUUGACAGAAACCGUCAUUUCGGCUCCAAGGGACCACCCUAUCCCAUCGACUGACUCACCUCUUCUGGAGUCCGAUCUAACGCUUAGUAAGACAGAGCAGCCCGAAUCACAAACAGGACUCCGAAAGCAGCUACAGCUUGCUCCGUUCGAUUCUCAAAGCUGUCCAGAUGCAAGCCUAGCCGGCUUGCUGGUUGAAUGUCUUUCCGAGGCAGCUGAUCGUUGUAUGCAAGCCUGCCAACCCGUUAAGCAGGUUCUCCUCGCUAGUGUACAGGUGACAACUAAUCCAGGUUUAUAUAUUUAUACUGGUAUUGGAAUUGUUUGA